UCGCAUAAGGAAUACCAUACCAUACCAUACCAUACCAACACCGCAGUGCACCGAUUCUGCACACACAGCCCUUGCCAUCGGCACGACUUCAGCGUCGCACAGAGGGCUCGGCGUUGCAGCAGCGAACAGCUCCAAGGGCUACAACAGGAGCAUGGCCUAUCGCUACGACGAAGACUACCGGGACAACGACAGCAAGAAUGCCCAGGGAAUAGUGCUGUUCGGCCUGUCGCUGGCCUUCCUCACCUUCCUGGUGGUGAGCAUGGCGAUGUUCGCCGUGCACGUCAAGAAGGAGCUGGAAGCCACCGCCCAGGAACAGGACGCCCUCGACGAAGCGGCCAGGGCCAACAGGACCCGCAACGACAGCUCCGCCGACGCCAACCACGGUGCCCGCCACACAAGGAACGGUUUCGCGACCAAGGUGGUCUGGGAAACCACGCUGGCGGCACCCAGACGAAGACACCUGCGAAGGCGGGUGCACCAAUUCACCGUGGCGCCAAUUCAGCGCCGUAAGCCGCGGGCCCGCGCCGAGAAGAAGACCGUCGACGGUGCGGACAAGCGAACGCACAAGGCCAGCAAAGCCAACGUGCCGCAGGUGAAGCCGACCGAACGCUCGCCUCCUCCAACGCAUCACCGGGCAACGGCACCGCCUACUACUGCUGCUCCACCGACGACGGCGGCGGCAGCUACGACGUCAGCGGCUAGGAAGCUAGCGGCUAAGACCAAAUCGGCUACGACGACCGCGGUUACGACAACUUCGUCAACGCGGACGGAGACCGUAGCUCCCCGGACGCGGGCGAUCGAGAAAGCGCCAACCAGCAACAGGCACCCGUCUGCCGCUGAGCAGACAACGCCGAGGGCGACGAGGAAGAUCAUCGCCGCCAAGGGGGUCGUCCCCGGAGGAGAAAAGGCAUCGUCGCACAGUUCACGUCGGUCCACGAGGAAAAUCAUCGCGGCCAAGGGAGUGGCACCGGGAAGGGGAGCAAAGACGCCGACAGAUGGCGCCACGGGAGCGCCGCUCGCGGUGGCAGCGGCGAUGGUCCGGCCCGCGCGAGCUCUGCCUCCCGCGACCAAUGGCGGUCCGCCCUUUCUUCGGCCAGAAACGGUGGGGAGCUCGAUUUCGGCAAAGGCGGCUCGGAAGGCGUCGAGAGCGACGUUGUCUCCGAGAUCCCCGGCCGGAAUCGCGGCGCCGUCGAACGAGUCUGCGGCUUUGUCAAAGGCGCCGCUCGGAGACGCUAACAUCGGUGCGAGGGCUCGAAGCCUCAUCGGCCGCGCCUCUUCCGGCGGGGCUCCACGGAUGGACGCGCGCUCGGCUUAGUGCCAAACUUCGGAAACUGAGUCCCCGGCGACCAAUACAGCCGAAAGGCGCUGAAGCACGCUCGAAUGCACACGUCGCAGGGCAACUCGCGUCUCAAUGUUUUGCGAGUGGGCACCCUUCUUUUUUUUUCGUUUGGCUCAAUUUUUAAUUCGUUGACUACCGCUUCUAGGUGCUAACGCUGAUUACUACAAUAAAGUAACAAAAAAAAGAGGCAAUGUCAUCG